AUGGACAACAGAGACACACUACGUUGCAGAGACUCGGGCGAGCCCUCGGAUAAGGGCAAAUUGAUGUCGACAGUUGCUGACAAUUGCAGUAUGAGGAGAAGAGGGAAAAUUUCCGUUGCCAAUGAGAGCGAGAAAAGUAAUGGAAAUGGAAAUGGAAAUGGAAAUGGAAAUGGAAAUGGAAAUGGAAAUGGAAAUGGAAAUGGAAAUGGAAAUGGAAAUACAAGUGAGAACGAGGAUUCCGUUUAUGUACAGUUUUCAAAUUUUGUACCGGUAUUAUUACUAAUAGCAGUGUUGUUGUUGAUAAUAAACGUUUGGUUUGUCAAGGAUAGUGUUGAUAAGAGUGACAUGACGAGAAAGACACUCAGUAUCGAUCCGGAACUGCUUGCACAUUGGAACAGCACGCUGGCGAAUUUAAAGCCAGAGGAGAUCAUUAACUGGGCAGUUUUAACCUUCCCCGGGUUAUACCAAACCACUGCAUUUGGAUUGUCUGGGUUGUGUAUUAUAGACAUGAUUUCCAAGCUCCCCCAUGCGACGGAGAAUGUCGAUCUGGUGUUUAUUGACACCCUCUACCAUUUCCCGCAGACGUUGGAGUUGGUGGAGAAGGUGAAGAAUAAGUAUCCCGAGUUCAAGCUGCAUGUGUACAAGCCAUUUGGGUGUGAUAGUGAGGAGGAGUUUGUUGCCAAGCAUGGUGACAGUCUCUGGGAGCGGGACGAGCUCAAGUACGACUACCUGGUGAAGGUUGAGCCCCUCAAGAGGGCCUAUGAGGAUCUACAAAUCAAGGCGGUUUUCACGGGGAGAAGACAGUCCCAGGGGGCUAACCGGUCGACGCUUCCAAUUAUUGAGAUUGACGACACUUUACACAUUAUCAAGAUCAACCCCUUGGCGACAUGGACGUUUGACGAUGUUUAUUGUUACAUUCAGGAAAACAAUGUUCCUUAUAAUGAACUGCUCGAUCUGGGGUACAAGUCUGUUGGAGACUGGCAUUCCACGUCUCCUGUUGCCGAGGGAGAGGACGAGCGUGCGGGACGCUGGAAAGGACGUGCCAAGACGGAGUGUGGAAUCCAUGUUGUUGGCGAAUACAAGGAGUACAUGGACAAGAAAAUUGUUGGAUAG